UUCGACACAGAAAUCACCCAAAACACGCAAAAUUUAUCGAUUUUGGAUUCAAAUAAUGAUAUCAACACAAUCCAAGAAACUAGCUUUGUCGAUUUUUUACCCUAUAAUGUAAACGAAUUACAAUUUUAUCCUUCGAAUAACUAUUACUUACCACCAACGCUUUAUGAUUAUGGUCUAAGCUUUUAUAUACCAGAACCACAUAAUUAUGAUAUACCUCUUGAAUAUAAUCCCAACUUUCUCAGUUAUUCACAACCGUU